UUGAAAUCGCCUGAAUUAAGAAUGUUAUUUAGGACUGUUUGGAAGAUAAAGUUUCUUCUUAUCUCGCUCGGCCCCUACCGUGCACAAGAAACGACGUUCUCUUUCACACCUUUCAACCGGAACGGACCAAAGAGCUGCUUUUGCUAAAACUUGAGCAGUUUUGUCAAUUAACAGGGAUGAAAAAAAUGUUUUGGUCUAAUCUCAAAUUGCCCUUUAGCAAAGAUGGUAAACGUGGAAAAGAAGAUGUGAAUAGCUCGGUGACCAAGUCAAAUGUCAAUGAAGAAUAUAAAGAAGCCUUUAGGACAAAUUCUUACGUAGAAAUUUACAAGAAAGUUCAGGGCCAACUGGAAAGAAAAAGUACUGAUAAUGGACCAUCCUCAUCUUCAUCGUCAUCCUCAUCCUUGUUCACAUCUUCUUCUUCGAGGAAUGUCCAUCUCUAUGAGUUUCUACUCGAACCUCAGCAAGAAACCCUAGCCUACAUGAUUGAAAACUCUGAGCUUCAUCAACUUCUUGUCAGUUACUUUGAGAUUAGUUUAGACGCCUGCAGAUUAUGUGAAUUGCUCCUCAAAAACGUCCAUAAAACACGCGCUAAUUAUCACGGAAUAAAAACCGCGAUAAAGCAAAUGAAGAAGGUACCUGAUGAUGCAAGUUGGAAUACAGAUGAUAAAUGCCUUGCUGUUUAUAGAAAUCUUGCUACAUUUGUCAUGCAUAGGAAUCCGUUAUCAGCAAUAACCCCAUUACAAUUCCACGAAUUACACGAAAACCACUUACUUUUUCUUCAAAGAUUAACAUCCGAAUGUGGGAAAACACAGAGGAAGACAAAAUUGAGAAGGUGGUUCAAGAAAGUCAUGACAUACAUUUUUGUUGGGGCGUGUGGGGCAUUAAUCAUUCCUCUACUAGUUCUUUCUCAUGGAAUGGUAGGGAUGGUGGUUGCACCCGUACUGUUUGUUCUUGUUUCUGUGAGCUUAUUUUUUAAUAGAUUAAAAGUGGGAAGAAAAAAGUUGAAGAAAACCCGAUACGAAAUGCUAGGAAUGCAGCUUGAUAUUGCAGCAAGAGGGGUUUAUAUAUUGAUCAAAGACUUUGAUACAAUAAGCAGAUUGGUGCAGAGACUUGAUGAUGAAUUGGAGCACGAGAAAUUUGUAGCAGAUAUUUGUGUUAGGAAAGGGAAGAAUGAAAUCUUGAAAGAAGUUCUGAGAGAGUUUCAGAUACAUGGAUCUUCUUUCUUGGAGCAAUUAGAAGAACUCGAGAAGCAAAUAUAUCUGUGUUUUCUUGACAUAAACAGAUCAAGGAGGCUACUUUUUGAAGAAAUAAUCAAUUAAGUGCUGAUCCAGAUUAAUGUAGGUAAACAAAAAUAGCUUCUAUAGUGAAAUGGCUACUUCACUAGAGAUUUCAAUUUUCAUUUUUUCUCUUAUUUGUAUUAUUCUUUCAGUUUAAGCGACUAGAAAGAAUUCAAUUCACACUUAAGAUAUGUAUCUAAAGAUUUUA